CGGGAACUCUUGAGGCAACCGGUACACACAUACAGUGUAGCGUAGAGGAGAAGCAACUUUAUAGUACCUUUUAUUAUGAAGGCAACAAGUGGAGGCGGUGCGCUGGCGAGGUGAGUUAUACCUACUGCGCUCAUUCUAUGUUCGGUCACUCUCCACUCUCCAGUCGAUACUGAUUCGUUUGUUGGUUUACAUUUUACUUCACAUCGAUGAAGCAACGGUAUAGCCCUGACUGGACCAUACUCUCAUUCUGAAAACAAGUCGGGAGAAAAAGACCAGAUCCCUUGCCUUCAGAGGACUGAGUGAUAGGCUGUCCUGAAACUUGUGCUACAGUAUGUCUGGAUUGAAAUGAUAUGCCAUGAUAUGCCCACUCCUUUCCUCUUUUGUCUAGUUGAAACACAUCUUUUGUUUUCCUCCGGACUGUCUUUGGUCAAACUCUACAGUCACUUCACUGGACUCCAAUGGAUGGAUAUGGGGAUGAAGAUAGAGGGUUAUUAAGCUGGUACAGGAUCAAAUUAUAUGUAUAUGAGUAGCUGCUGUAUACCAUCAAUAAUCAUUGAAACCUGCUCUGGAACCGCAGGGAUAGUCCGGUCUUUUACCGGCUAAGCUAAUGGGGCCUCCUCAGCCACGUUGGCAAGCCCUGUUCCCUUCUUCUUUCUGUGUCUCCACUUCCCCCGUGAGGACGUUGUGUCUCGUGGCGGCCCUCAUGGUUGUCAUGGCGACACCGUGCCCCAAGAGCUGCCACUGCUCGGAGAGGAAUGGCGUGGUGGUGCAGUGCGUCUCCCGGAGCCUUGACCAGAUCCCCCCGGACCUACCGGAAGACACCGUCACCCUCCUGCUCUCGUCCAACCGGAUCAGCCACAUCCCCAACCAGGCCUUCAAGGACCUCCGCCGCCUCAAGGAACUGGACCUGUCGCAUAACCACAUCGAGAGUAUCGACGCAGGGGCCUUCCUGGGGGUCUCUGAGGGACUCCGCUCCCUGGACCUCUCCAACAACCAGCUCCGCAGCGUCCCCAAGGAGGCCUUCACCAAGCUGAGUGCCCGUAUAAGACUCUCCAACAACCCCUGGCACUGCGAGUGUUCCCUCCAGGAGGUACUGAGGGAGCUGAGGCUGGACCCUGAGACGGUCAACGAGGUGAGCUGCCACACCUCUGUCCAGGACGAGUACGCCGGCCGGCCCGUCAUUCAGGUCCUGGACUCUGGCAUCAACUUCUGUAACUUCCACCACAAGACCACCGACGUGGCCAUGUUCGUGACCAUGUUCUGCUGGUUCGCCAUGGUAAUCACCUACGUCAUCUACUACGUCAGGCACAACCAGGAGGACGCGAGGAGACACAUGGAGUACCUCAAGUCUCUACCCAGCUCCUCCCAGAUCAGCAAGGACUUUGACACAGCCAGCACUGUGCUCUAGCAGUGGGCUAUGUGUGGUGGCAGUGACAGCGGUGGGGGUUCUUACAUGUCCAUGGGAUAGUUUACACAGUGGCAAACUUGCAAGGUGUAUGUAACUAUUUUUAAUGUGAAGACGGGCCUCUGGACAAGCCACUGUACUGCACCUGCCCGUCUGCACGUCCCUGACCGGCUCGGUUUGUCAGUGCCAUCAACAUGCCCCUUUUUGUGUCGACUGUUUAUGAAGUCAUGUGGUCAAUACCUUUUGAGAUUUCUGACUCAAUUACGAACUACUUUUUUGUCGACUGUUAUAAUUUUAAUUUUACAGUGUUUAUUGGGAAGAAACACGACCUCUAUUUCUCAUCGUCAUAUGUUUUCCCAACAGUAGGAUUUAAUGAGAAAGAUAUUGUAUAAGUCUCUGAGAGUGUCUCCAUAUUGAUUUGGUUGUUGUGAUUGGUUGUAGUGCUGUACAGUACUAUUGAUCUUGUCAUUAUGAUUGGCUGUUACACUGGACUGAAUGUUCAUCUUGUGUCUUCAAGUGCCUAGAAACAGUAAACAGUACCUCAACCAAGGCACUGUGAAAGCAGAACUACAAAAUCCCUAGAAUCCUAGAAUCCUUACCCACUGGGCACAGAUGUCACUUCAAUGUCUAGCUUUGAUCUAAUUUUGGUUGAGUUGUCAACUAAUGUCAAUUCGAUGGGAAAUCAACAAAACAUUUCACCAUGUCAUUGGAUUUAUGUUAAAAGUUUGGUGAAAAAAAUACGACAUUGUCACAUCCUGACCAUAGUUCUUAUGUGCGUUGCUUGUUUUAGAGUUGGUCAGGACGUGAGCUGGGUGGGCAUUCUAUGUUGUGUGUCUAGUUUGUCUGUUUCUGUGUUCAGCCUGAUAUGGUUCUCAACCAGAGGCAGCUGUCAAUCGUUGUCCCUGAUUGAGAAUCAUUAAUAGGUGGCUUGUUUUGUGUUGGGGAUUGUGGGUAGUUGUCUUCUGUCUUUGUGUUCUGCACCAGAUAGGACUGCUUUCGGUUUUCACAUUUUCUUGUUUUGUUGAUUGUAGUGUUCUCAUAUAUUCUUUAUUAAAUCAUGUUGAACACUAGCCGCGCUGCGUGUUGGUCCUCUCCUUCAUCCCAGGAAGGAAACCGUUACAGACAUUCCUUUACCCUGAUGACCUUUUCUAAUCUACUCAGUUUCCCACAUUGAUUCAACAUCACCACAUAGAGUUUUGAUUUUAAAGGAUGGUGGAAACAUCGUUGGUGCAGUACAUUUUUGCCCAGUGGGAGUUGUUAGAUCCAUUUUCUGACAUACACAUUGAUGAUACAUACCCAUUGAUUCUUGAAGAAUAUAAUGUAUAAAUGUCUCAUGAGCUUAGUUCAACCGUCGUACCCAGUCAGAACCCCAGAUAUGUGCUUUUUUUGCUUCAAUGUUUGCAAACAAGGUAAAUGUAAACAAAUACUGUAUAGCUUUAAAACAUGGUUAAAACUGUCAUUAGUUUGAUUAUGUCCAUAGCUAUGUCUAUGAAUUUGACAGUGGUUACAUUUCUCCAGGCUUUUUACUAAACAGAGGAGGGGUACCACCUUGUUAUUGUUUUAGCUGAAGAUUCUAGCUUUAAUAUGUCAUGUUAAAUAUUUUAGUUGUUGUCAAGGGUGUAAUGAAUCAUUUACCAUUACUCAUUUUGGCAAUCAAUGUGAUGCCACUUUCAGGACAUAAAUCUUUAAAUACUCAUAGCGGAUUUAGUUCUCAAACUGUCAAACACCCUUCUACAGACUUUGAUUGAUGCUGAUGUUGCGUCAGAAAGUCUAUGAUGACCAACAGUUGGAAGUAGUCUAUACUUCCUCAGUAGUGUAUGUGUUCUGUAUUUUUUUGUCUCUAUUGGUUGUAUGAUUUGUCCCUUUAAUGGUAUGGGGUGUAGUUUAUGUUUAGGAGAGAGAAACUAAUGAAAGGAAAGUGAGAAAAGGAGACAUUCUAUUGUUUUAUUGAGACUUGUGUUGAAACGGAGAAACGUUGACCAUGAAAACUGUCUUUGUCGUGUAGCCCCAGGGAUAUGUCUUGAUCUUGUUGCGCUCGUCUUUGUUUCUAAUUAUUCUUAGCGAAAUGGUUGUGAAUCAAGCGUUGUCAUUUUUAUAUCUGAAAUAAAAAGGGCUCUAACUA